AGAAAAAAAACCCAAAGCAAGAACACCAUAGCCAGGACCUUAAAGUUGGAUCAUGUAGUACUACUCAAUGGCUCCAAGUGUGUGAGUUUAUUUUCUCUCUCCUAGUUUUUUUUUCCUUUCCUGGGUCGAGUCGAGCGAGGGAAGGCUUUGAUGAUGGCGAGUGGCACUGGAGCCUGGCGCUCUUAGCUGCAUUGUUCUUCACUUGGGUCUUGCCAAACGGCCGUAAGGAUUCGUGGGUUUCUCCCAAGAAGACUGUUCUCUCGCUCUUCCCUGAUCAUGUCUCUCGUCGCCCUGGCGGCAGCAGCACCGCCAUCACCACCGAGCUCCUCCAGCGGCAAUGUAGCUUCCGCCGCCUCCACUCCACCGCCAAGCUCUUCCUCCUCUUGUUCCUCCUCCUCCUCAUCGUCCUCCUCGUCCAUCCAGAGCGACGAGUUUGCGAUGGCUUCUACGCGGCAGCUCUCCGACACCACCGAGUCCAUCGACUCCGACUUGGACUCCAUCGAAGAGGAAGAAGAAGUGGGAGGAGAGAUAGAAGACGAGGAAGAAGAUGGAGGAGGGACGAGUAACUUGGGCCCGAUCAUCUCACUCAAGCAACACCUCGAGCUCGACAAGGAGGACGAAAGCUUGCGGAGGUGGAAGGAACAGCUCCUUGGUCUUGACAAGAAUCUCCUCCUCGACAUGGAUGGUGUUGCUGCUGGCGAGAUGGAGCCGGCUGUGAAAGUCCUGACGCUGGGAAUCGAGGCCGAGGGCCGUCCACACUUAAAACUCUCGCUCCCCUUCGCUUCCAAGAGCCAUGCGUUCACUCUCAAGGAAGGCUCGAGCUAUCGGCUUUGUUUCACCUUCGUUGUCAGUCACAACAUCGUCUCAGGCCUCACUUACGUGAACACUGUCUGGAAGAAUGGCCUUCGAGUGGAUCACACUCGAACAAUGCUAGGAACUUUUGGACCCCGGGCAGAGCCUUACACUCACUUCACUGACGAGGAGACAACACCCUGUGGGAUUCUAGCUCGCGGUUCUUACUCGGCAAAGACAAAGUUCCUAGAUGACGACAAGAGAUGUUAUCUGGAGCUGGACUACACAUUUAACAUCAGAAAGGACUGGCACUGACCCAAGACUCGUAAGCGUUUAACGCAAGAAGAACAAAAAAAUCCAGUUUUUUCUUCGUUUCUUUCCUCCAGCAUGCAAGCAAGCAAGCAGCAAGCAGUGCUUAACUCACAUGAAUUGUGAAUGGAGGACUGCUGUAACACUGGCUUUUGUGUUGUUGCUUCUUUCCAACAGAGUUUAUUUGAGCAACA